AUGUAACCGGCAUGUUUUCUGUUGGCUGGUGUUCGUUUGUUCGUUGCUUCGCAUUGUAAGUGAAAGAGAGCCAUUUGUCAGAGGAGAUACAUUUUGUGAAACUGUUGUCCGUAGAGUGUUUUUGUGACAUGCUGUGAUUGUUCGUUUGACUAGAGACAAAUAGAUUUAGUGGUCAGGAUGGAGGAGAAGUGCACUGGCAGAGAUAUCGUGAGCGCGGCGAUCACCGACAAGGAAUGGAAAAGGGUUCCCUCCGAAAUCAUUAAAAAGCUGGAGAUCAACAUCGGCGAGAAAUUGGAUGAGUUCAUCACUGCUCGCGCUCUUUUGGAAACCAGGAGUUACAAUGCCGUACAAACUUUAUUAGAUGUAGAGAAAAAGUGUGAGGGUUCUAUCAAACAGCAAGAUGAGUUAUCAAAGAAGCUGGAUAAAGCUAAUGGAGCCAUCUCCGAGUUGGAAAAACAACUUACCAUAUCCUUGGGAGAUGUUACCAAAUUACAGGUCAACGCUAAUAAAAUGGAACAGGACUUUGCUGAGAUGAGAAAUUCUCGAAAUUUGAUCACAGAUGAAAGAGAUGAACUUUCGCGCAUGGUGGAACGCCGAAAUGGCGAGCUGGAACGUAUGCAGAGCGACAUUAAUUCGUUAACGAAACAACUGGAAGAUGCUGUUGCUGCAAAAUGUGAAGUAUUGGCCAAAGUGAACGAGGUCGACUCCAUGAAGCUUUCCAUUGAAUACAGGGAGAAACGCAUGGAGCAGGAACGUUCCUUGCUUACCAAUCAAAUUGACACCUUGAACACCGAUUUAGAGAAGAAGAUCGAAGAAAAUCUAAACAUGAGACGCGAUAAUACAUCCAGAUGCGUUCAGCUAGAAAUCAAGUUGUCUGAGAGGACACAAGAGAUGGCUGCUGCAAAUGAAUCCAUUAAAUCUCUGACUGAAACUAAUAACAACUUGAUGGCAAAAACCGAGGAAUUGAUGCAGAAGAUGAUAACGGAGAAAGACACCCAUUCGAACACACUGGAAGCCUUCCAGCAAGAGGUCGACGCCCAGAAAAAGAUCGCCGAACUGUACAAGGGCGUCAACGAGGAGCAGACCAAACAUGCCGAAGAAUUAUCAAAUGCAGUACAAGAAAUGAAGGAGAAACUUGAAGAGGCAUUGGAUAAAUACGGCGAUCUGGAAACUAAAUUUAAAGAAUCCGAACUUUGCAACGAGGAAAUUUUAAACAAAAAGAACGAGUGCAUAGCUAUGCUUAAAAAAGAAUUGCAGACUGCCAACGAGGUGCUGACCAACAAGCAAGACAAUGGUAACGUUGACAACGACGAUAUUUCGCCAAAUACUACACCGGCUUCACGUUUCACCAAAUCACCAGCGACAAAGACCGAAAUAUACUCGCAGUACGUUCAUGUGUCCGAACUAUUAGCGCAAGAAAAGUCUGAGAACGCAAGGCUGCACAAUUACAUGCACAACAUCGUCAAAGAGCUCGAAGACAAGGGUCCUUUAAUCGCGAAGCAGAGGGAGCACUAUGAAAUUGCCUUGGAGAAAAUCGAGGAGCUAACUAAGCAAAUCGAAAAUACUAUGUCCGAGAACCAACAACUAAGAGUUAUGAAUUCCGAGUAUAAGAGGAGCGAAGCUUCUGCCAGUAGAGAGAAUGCGCGAAUGAAAAAGGAAAUAACCGAUCUGGGCCGCCAGGUCUGCAAUCUUUUACGCGAAAUUGAACAUUCGCGUAGCGGUACUUGCUCUAUUCAGCCACCGCUUGACAAGAACGACAGCACAACGUCGUGUGAUAUCAUUUCGAAGCGUUUGGUUACUUUUAAUGAUAUUUACGAUCUGCAAACUAACAAUCAAAGGUUACUUGCGCUCGUGAGAGAGCUUAGUACCAAACAAGAAGAAGCGGAAAUGCUAGAUCCAAGUAUGGUAGCAAAUUUGACGAUGAAGUUGGAUUCUAUGCGAGAAUCACACGCUGAACUCUUGGAGGAACAGGAAAAGCAGAACAACAUGGUGAAGAUGUUGAUGGACCAGAGGGAUACAUACAAGAAUCUUUACCAUCAGUUUGUUAAAGGAACGAAGGAGAAUAUUCCGGCGGUCAAGGAAAAAGAUGAUUCAAGUGUAAAUGAAAAUGAGAUGCAAACGGAUGCCAAUGAUAAAACUCAAGAGCUGGAGGAAAAUCUUCAGAAAUUGAAGAAGGAGUUGCUCGAGUCCAAAGAUGAAUUUGAUGUAUACAAAAAGGAGAAGGACACGAAUGAAAAGAUGUUGGUCGAUCAAUCUGAGAAGAUGAGAACCGAAAUUCAAGAACUUAUGAAACAAAAUACUAAACUAAGUGCCAAAGUUGAGACUAACAAUGAAAUGCUUAAGGUAUCCAAGAUAAAUGCGGAUGUAUACAAGAAUCAAAUUGAACGCUUGGAAGAAAGGAAUAGAAUCUACAGUGAGUCCAUCGUUAAACACGAAACGGCACAGUCGUACUUAAAUGAACAAUUGAUGGAAGCGCAAAGAGCUGCAUCCAAACUGGAAGUGAACUUAGCCGGUUUAAGGAAAGAACACGCGCUCAUUGAAGAAUCUGAAAAACGUUUGCUUCGCGAAAGAGAGAGCAUGCACAGAGAGCAUAAUUCGCAUGUGAUAAUGCAAACUAAUAUCGAGCUUAUUAAAGCUACACUGGAAAGGAAUGAUGCUGAAAGCAAGAUUCGCGUAGAGGAAACUCUAAAGGAAGCUCAUCGUGAAUGCGCUGCGUUACGUAGAAGGCUACAGGAAGAACAGGAUCAUUUCAGGGAAUCGCAAGAACAUUUAGAAAAGCAAACAAAAACAGCUCAGACGAGAAUGCAAGAAGAGAAAGACUUGGCUGACAAGCUCAGAAAAGACUUAAUGGAAUCCAGAGACGAUCUGUCUGCGAAAUCUGUUCAACUAGAGGAGCUGUCCAAAAAGUUGAAGAACUCUAUUAUGGGUGAUAUGGAUACUUCCGUUGAAACCAAGAAGUAUAGAGAAAUGGAGCAGCAAUGCAGUGAUCGUCAAGCAGAGAUCGAGGCCUUGAAAAAUAAAUUAAAAAUUUCGAAAGAAGCUGUUGAUCAGCAUAGCAAUGUUGCUCUAGCAGCCGAGAAGCAACUAAUUGAUAUCACGGAGAAAUAUCAGAAUGAUAAGACAAAUUAUGAAUCCAAGAUCACGGAUCUUCAGAGCAAACUUACAGAGCUGGAGGAGAAAUGCGCUGAACUACAAGGUGAAUUGUCGCUGCAAACAGAUGGCCAGGUUUCUGUUACAUCUAAUUUGCAUGGAAAACUGCAUAAACUUGAAAUUCAGCAGAAAGUUGCGACAACCGAAUUAAUAGAGACCAAAGAACAGUUGGAUAUUGCAAAGUCUGAAAUUAGCAAGCUCAGUGAGAAUUUAGAGAUUGCUGAAAAUAAAUAUGCGCGAGAGAUGUCUUUGCAUUCGGCUGAUCUGCAAGCACUUCGUUCCGUCAAGGAAGAUCUUAACAAGCUUCUCAAUGAAGUCAAUGAGGUUAAAUUCGAAAGAGAUCGUUCAAUUGAAGCGCUGGAGGAAAGCAAAUCCAGUUGGGGUGUUCAGGAAGAGAAGUUUAUAAAGGAGAAGACCGAAUUACAAAUGAGAUUAUCUGAUUUGGAUAAGCAAAACACGCUGCUGUUGGAUCAACUGCAAGAGUUAAAUUCUCAGAUGUCGCUGAUGCAAACGCAACUUAUAGAUCCUCAUAAUAAAUCUAUGAAUGAAUCGAACAGAUCCUUUACAGAAGAUGAUGUUCGAUCGUCAGACCAGUUAUUGAAGAUCAUUAAGUACUUAAGACAGGAGAAGGAUAUUGCUGUUAGUAAAUGUGAAAUUUUGGAUGCCGAACAUACGAGAAUUAAAGCACAACAUGACUUGCUUCGGAAAGAGUACGAUCAAGCUAAGGCAACUAUCGAGAAUGAACGCCAGAAAUCCGAGGUAUCCAUCGUCACUGCAGCCAAACAUGCCGAAGUUCUAAGGAAAGUCGAAACAUUGAACGCUAUUACUGAUAGUAAUAGAAGUUUACGCUUGGAAAGAGAUGGAUUGAUUGUGGAAUUAAAUGAACUUAAAGCGAGAACAGGAAAUCUGGAAGAACAAUUGGCUCCUUUGCAAGAGAAAAAUACAGAACUUCAAAAGAAGGCUGAAGCAAUGCAAACAGAAAAUAUUACUCUGCGUGGUGAGGCUACACGAUGGAGACAGCGUGCCAAUAACCUGCUCGAAAGAUCGAACAGAACCAGUCCCGAAGAUUGGAAGAAGUUGCAAGGUGAACGUGAGAGUCUGGCUAAACAGCUGACGAUCGAAAGAUCUAAUACCACCAGGUUAACAGAAGAAAAUAAUGUACUCACAAAAGACAAAGCUAAACUGGAGGAUAGUCUGAGACAAUUAAAAGCACAACAGGAGCAACAGAAGGACGAAAUGGAUAAAUUAUCUGAAGAGUUGGGCUCAUUACGCACACAAGUAAAUAAUCUGAACCAAGAUUUGGAACAAUCACGUAACCAAAUGAUCAGAGUCAACGAGGAUAAUCGUGUUUUAACAGAAAAUUUAGCAGCUAAAGAAACGAUGGUCGUCGACGUCAAAAAUAACUUGGCCCAAAUAAGAAAGAUUGCUAAGAAAUAUAAGAUCCAAGCGGAGGAACAAUUGAAAGAAUUGGAAAUUUUGAAAAAGGUAGCAGAGGAUAAACAAGGCGAGAGUUCCUCAAGCGAAGAUGCUAAAGAGGUGAAACGUCAAUCUGAUGAAAAAAUAACGCAACUUGAGCAAACGCACAACGAGAAAUUGAAUGAAAUGAAUGUACGUAUUUCUUCCUCUGUCGAAGAGAACGAACAGAACAAGAAAGAGAUAGAGACGCUUAAAGAAAAUUUACAAAAUAGCUUGGAGAAAGAAGAACGCUUCAAAGUUCUGUUCAAGAAUGCCAAGGAAAGAAUUAUGCUGUUGACCGAGCAAAAUUCUAGUUUAAGGAAUCAAAUCGACAAAGAGAACAGUUCUGGAUCAAAUGAUCCUCCGAAGCAGCAAGGAGAUUCCGCCGAUCUAGAGCGUUGCCACAAGGAAAAGGAGGAAUUGGCAAGUCAGAAACAACAAGAUAAGGAGCGUUAUUUGCAGGAGAUUGAAUCUUUAAAUCAGAAAGUGGGUCAAUUGCAAAGGCAAAUUGGCGUACAGCAAGGUUCGAAACCGAGCACUAGUUCAGAAAAGGAAAAGUCCACAUCAGAGCCACCGACAGCUAAUAUCAAACCGAUGGCCGGACAUUCAACUAAUACCCAGACCCAGUCUGUACCAAUUCAACCAUGGAGAAGUAGUGGAGAACCACCACUUGCUAGCAUUCGUCCGAUGUCAAUGCAACUUAGAACUGUGGCCGUCCUACCAACCAGCCAAAGUCCAAGCACUGUGAUGGUUCCACCUCAGCAGCAAGUCCAUACUACCGGCAGCAGCAGCAUUGAAGCCAUGUCGUCAAGUCCUACCAGUUCCCACACUGAUUAUGUUCCUGCUACCAGUUCAGCGAGUUCAGCUUUAUUGGGACCCAGGCAAGUUGCUGUUCCACCAACUCAGUCCAAUCAGGACACCGAAGAUGAAGACACGACCAUGCAGGUACAACAAGCUCCCCAGCAACAGGCUGUUGCUUUGGUUCUGCCUCGCGUUGAACCGCCCAGUCCCGCUCAAGAGCAAGGAACCAGCAGCAGUUCCUCCAAUACGGUAACUACAACUCAAGCAGGUCACAAAAGACCACGAGAAGCUGAUACUGAAAACCAACAUGAAGAUGGUGCGAAAACGACUCAGGCUGUAAAAAGAACUAGACUAUUGCCUGGUACUAGCAGUGGGGUCGAAAGUGGUGUAAGCGAAAGUGGUUUGGAAGUGGAGUAUCAAGUACCGACUAGCAGUCAAAGAGAUCAUGAAGAGGAUGCAGUCAUCGUAGUCGAAAGUGACGAGGAAGGACCGGAUGAAGGAGAAGGUGAAGAUUACAAUAUGCCCUACGAAGAUCCCGACACGCAAGAUCCUGAUCAAGACGACGAAGAGCACGUCGGUAACGAAGUGGAAGUAAUUGAAGAUUCCAGUGAAGUACCGAAUCAAAGUGAGAGAGGUGCCGAGAGCGAUCUCAUGCCUGUCGACGGGGAAGAGGAGGAGGAGUGCGAAGGUGUCGAGGAAACUGAGGAGGAAGUAAUGCAGCCGGAGGCUACCAGCAGCGGAACGAACGUGUCCACUUCUGUGGCUGUAACGUUGCCUUCGUUUUCUCGCACCAGACAGGUUGCACCUUUAUCCCGCCAACAGCAAACUCAUCUUCUUUUGCCCCACGGAAUCGAAGAAGGCGGCGACGAUGGCAUUGUACCCUCCACUCCUACUUUAUUUGUAGCCCGUCGUUGCGAUGGUUUUGGCGAGGCAGUUAGUUCUCCUAAUGUACCAACCAGUGGACGUUUUACUUUUACAGACUCUGGUACACCAAGCAAUCUAGGAUCUAAUGAUGUUCUUCCCGAACAAACACUAGAAAUGGCUCAAGAUGAUAAUAGUACUGGAAGGAGCGUGCCUAGUACUCCAUUGCAAACCUCCCCGCACGAAUCCGGACCCACGAGCGAGGAGCAAGCAGUAGCACAUCAAAACGAAAAUGAUAUCCCAACCAUAACUGUGAGCGGUGCCGAAGACGAGGCGGAAUCAGCGGAAGGUGGAGAUUGUAUGGGCCCGCCUUCCGUUGCAGGUACAUCAACAGAGGGCAACCAAAGCAAUGACCCUGUAGAAGAAAUGCAGGAGGGAGACGAUGGGGUGAGUUCGGAAGGCGAAAAGGCUGCCAGCACCGAGGAUGGUGAGGAGGAAGGUAGAGAGGCUGAAGCAUCUCCGAGCACCAACACCAGGUCCAGAAACAUAAGGGGUGGUACAACGGUGGCAACCAGAAGAACCAUGCGUCAGAGCAACGUGCGCGGUGUCAGUCGAUCGUUACCAACCCCGAUCAUCUGGGGUGGAGAUCAACCGCAACAGCAACAGCUAAUGCAACAGCCCCAACAGCAGCUUCAACAACCUCAACAAAUACCUCCAAGAACUGCUACAAGACAAGAUGCCGGUGGCCACAGGGGCGGAGGCAGAGGUGGAUUAAUGUCUAACCAAGGAACUUACUCACCCAGAGGAGCACGCAGGAACCGCGGCCGCGGUCCUAGGACCUCCUACAAUAGCCGAUUUUAAAUAAUCAUCAUUCCAUUGAAAGUAGGGAAAGAAGAAACACCGCCGGCUGUCGCCGCCGAUCCUUUCUCAAAUGUAUUUUUAUUUUACACAACACAGACAAAAAAUAAUGAUGUAUUUUUUUGUAUAUUGUUAACAUUAGGAAUGUGUGUGUCCCUCUCAAAAUAUUAUAUAUGUAUACAUAAAAAAAAAGUUAAGAUAUAAGUGUUAAUUUUAAGUUUCGACUAUUUAAAUUUAAUCUCAUAAAAAAAAAGAAAAUGAUUACUUGCAAGAAAGAGAGAGAUCAGUUAAGCCUAAUUUAGGAUUAAAUAUUGGUAGUGAGAUAUAUAUAUGUAAACUGUAUGUUUUAUUAUAUAUAUUAUAUAUAUAUAAACAAACAAUUCGUUUGCUCCAGGGUUCGUUUCUGUUAUGUUCUUUUAAUCUUCUGAAAGGUCCAAUACGCCUUUCAAGAAAAAAGUAAAUAGGUUUUAUUAUUAUUUUUUUUUAAAUUGGAAUGUACCAAUUCCUUCCAGAUAAUUAAGAUAAUAUGAUAAACAAUGUAGCUCUCAGUGUACGUUCAUUACCUAUGUAUGUCCCACACUAUAAACGUUUUUUACGUUACAAAAAAAAUGCACAUUCAUCAAUCAACAUGCUUAGAAAAUUUCUUUUCAUUUGCUUCUCUAAAAGAUGUUUCAAGUAAUAAAUAAUAAAUGUGUCUUUUUUUU